UUCUUUUGUUUUGCCAAGUGCCGUCUUCUGCUGGUGGUGGCGGGUUUUCUUAAAUAUUCCGGCAUGUCGCAAGCGGAGCUGUUGGAUGAAAUGAGCCAUUGGAGCCCGGACGUCUGCCGGAGGGAGCUGCCGGUAGCUCUUCCCAAGCUAAUCACCCUGUAUCAGAGCUCACACAAUUGGACCGAUGAUAUCAGGAUGUUUAACCUUCUUACGGAAAUGUUCCUUCCUCAUGUAAGCCUGCUGGAGCUGGAAGAGAGUGUUUUUUCACAAAUUCUGCCAAAGGCCGGGAAAUUAUUUGAGAAGUUUAUAUAUGAAAUCUCAAGCCAGGCAUCUGCAUUAUCAAGUCAGAAUGUGGAACUGAAGACUUUGUUACGUAAUGUCUUACAGAAUAUGGUUCAUUGUCUGAAGGCUUUAACUAUUUGUGUGCGGCAUGUGUCUUCCCUGGACGAAACAAUAACUUUAGAAAAUAUCCGAUCACUACCUGCACCUGUCUUGCAUGUCCUCCGAUCUGCGUUUGCUCACUGUAAGGAUAGUGAUGCCAUUUAUGGUGUCCGACUCAAUUUGGUUUCGGAUCUCCUGCAAGCUAUCUUCAAAGAAGCAGUUUGUCUACAGAAACAGUUGAUGGAACUCCUAGAUAAAACAAAUGUAAAUUCUGUAAUUUCAGAAAAGGAUACAGAAGACAUGGUGUCGGUGUUGCAUUCAGUUUUAGACAUAUGCACAGUUGUAGCAAAAAUGGAUCAUGCACUGCAUGCCAACACAUGGAAAUUUAUAAUCAAACAGAGUCUCAAGCAAAAAGCCCUUGUCGAGAGCCAGCUACGGCAUCAUGACAUUGUGAGGGGACUGUGUGAUGACAUUCUUCUCUCCUUCCAGUCAUGCUUACAGCUAGCGGAACAUAUGAAAUUAUCAGGAACUCAGGAAAGCACAGACCAAAGGUUAUUCCAGAAGACGACAAAGCUGUGUCGAUUCUUUGCAAAUUCUUUAGUGCACUACACAAAGGAGUUCAUGCCUUUCUUGUCUCAGUCAUGCAAUCGCCUGCAUCAAUUGUAUCUUCAGGUACAUAGCAUGUUUCCUCCUAGCUUGUAUGCUGUUUCCAUCUCUGAGGCUCAUAAGAAUGAAAUAGCCUGUGUGUUCUUGGUGGCUUUUGAGCCACUUAUCCUCCAACUUCUGUCUUUUAGUCCAUUUGUGGAAUCAGUUUUGAAUGAAAUAUUAGAGCUUCCUCCAGAACAUGUUUUUCCACAGUGCUUGUUGCUUAUCAACAUAAUGGACAAACUUCCCUCUCUGUCUGAAGAUAUACUCAUGUUGUGGUAUACAGGGAGCAGACUUCCAGAGGAAUCAAACCGAAUGUCAAUACUUAAGGCUGUGUUCCAGACCUUCACAUUAUGCUCUCCAGAACUCUCAAUGCCCCUUGUUUUGCAAGAGGUGUCACAAAAGCAAGAGACUGUCACUUUCUAUCAGUAUGUCUGUGUCCAUCUGUGUGCUUUCAUCAUAUCACUACCACCUGUUCUCUUUUCUGAACUGGAAUGUAGCCUGCUCGAUGGUGUUCUUUGUUGCAGUAUGAUGACAUCCCUCCUUGCAAUGGAUGUUUGGUGUUUCCUGGCCCGAUACGGAACAGCAGAGCUCUGCGCCCAUCAUGUGCACAUUGUGGCUUGUUUGGUAAAAUCGUGUACUAGUGACUGUUACCAGUUAUCUCAUCUAGCUGUGCUCCUCAGGAGGCUACUCUUCUUAAUGGCCCCUGAUCACCAGAUGGAAUUUAUCAAGAUGUUUCCUCCGAAAGAAGCGGAAAACUUUUUAGUUUGGCAGCACCUUUCUCUUGCUGCUCUGCCAAAUGCUCUUGGAGCACAAGUAAAGAAUGACCUCUUGUCUGCAGGAAUCUCUCAAUGUUUGAGUUGGUUCAAUGGAAGGUGUAUGCUUAAGGACCUGCCUCAACUGAAGUGUGCUUUGUCUGCAUUGCUGACUGCAUGCAGCUCCUCUUUAGAACCUUUGGACAAAGAGCAACAGUUUGCAGUAACUGGAGUCAUUGGUCAAUUAAUGUCUCUUCUUAACGUGGAACAGAUUUUAUGCCAACACGAUUUGCAGCAGACGCUUUGCCUUGUAUUAGCCCUUUCGACCUUCACUGUACAAAUUAUGGAGACCACUUUACUAAUACAGGUUGUGUCACUGCUGUCAUCACUGUCUCAAGAGAACCCCCCAGCUCAUGUGCAGUUAGCAACAAUAGAAUUUCUGGGCUCUUUAGGAAAGAUUUGCAUCCAUCAGGAAGCUCAGACUGCUGUUCUUCCGAAAAUAUCAAGCUUGUUCUCCCUGCUCCUAGAAGACAAGUCAUGGGUAAUCAAACAACAUGCGUUAGAAGCGUUUACUCAUUUCGCUAAGGAGACAAGCCAUGAAGAAGUUGUUCCUCAAAGUCUUACAUCUGAAGAGACAAAGAAUGAAGUGAUCUCAUUUCUAAACAAGACCACCACAAAAUCAGAGACAGAGGAUAUCAGGGUACAACGUGUUAAAGAAGAAAAAGUUGUCCUAGAUGCAUUCUUUUCAAAUGCUACAUCAAAACUUAUGGAAGAGCUGUCUCUUGAGUCUUCAGCAAAAAGAUCUCGCCGUUCAGAAUCCGAUGUGCACGAAUUGGAGGUUCAUAUCCAAGCUGCACAUAAUGCAUUAACAAAUGUACAGUUCCUGCUGCAAAGAACACCAUCUCCAGAUUGGCUUCCAGAGAAACUCCAAAACAUUUUAACUCUACUGACCUCAGUGCAAGAGACUUGCAAGCCACGCUGAGUCAAUGUCAGUACAUAGAUCAAACUGAUUGAUAAUUUUUUUUGUCAUCGUACUCCUUUACGUUUACUUGACAUAAUGAAAAUAAAUGUAAAAAGCAAAAUGUGUUGCUCAAAAGUUCUCAUACCUCUAAGUCUACUGUGUUCCUGAAUGGUUUCAUAUGGUUUAAACACAUUUUAUAUGUUUUAUGGGGAAUGUUAGCACAUGAUAUAUGAAAAUAAAGUUUAUGUGGGCUUUUACGAUUUUAUAAAAUCUUAUCUGUUGGAGCAACACAUGACAUGCUCUGGGGAAUGUAUUGGUAUAUGUUAGGAGAAUGCAUUGCGCAUAUUUCCAGAAAUGCUGGUGUCUUCCCCUUCAGCAGUUUCGAAACAAAACCUGAAAAUCACAUUUAGCAAUGUCAAAAAACAUAUUUUUAAGUACUCUGUAUUUGAGUUUGUUUAAUGUUGUAUUACUUAUUAUAUAAUAUCCCAUAGUGUAUAAAUGUUUUGAUAAAAUUACAUUUACUAAAAUAUUUUUCAUUUUGGAAAUUGCUGUAUUAUCCUAUAAUUUAAUAUAGAUGUUUUAUUCUUAAAGAAAAA